UAGAUUGUUAGGAUCUCUUAGUACCCACAGAAGAACGGAAGUGGCUUAGUGACUCAAGCAUUUCAUAGUGUUUCUUUGGAUAGGCUUUUACCUUCUAUCAGAUUAGGUGGAUAUGUAUUUGAACAAUAUUUAUUUUUCUGACACAUUUUUUAUUAUAUUUUUUAAGUCCGAACAAAUCAAAUUGGUGUAGGAGAUACUUAAAUGUUUUUAAAACAAACUCCUUUUCUGGCAAAAAUGCAACUGCUAUUACACGUUUCCUAUAGCUAAAGUAAAUUAGUGAGGAAACUAAUUUAUUAAUCUGUUGAGGUGUUUGUUUUAUUUUUUUUUUAUCCUAGGUAAUAUAUGCAUUCCUGUAUUUGUGGAUUUUGUACUCUUUCACACCAUCCAGUAUUCUCAGGAUCCAGAAUUUUGCAUUAUUAGCUAGUAUCUCUGUAGACGUACUUUAGUCGCUUAAAAUCUGCUUGGAGCUUCUUGUACAGCAGGUAUGCAGCAAUAGACUGACUUUUAGCGUUAAAAUCUGUCUCCCUUUUUCCCCUGUAUUCACAGGACAGAAGAAUUUUUAUUAUUGUCUUUAAAAUAUAUAUUUGACCUAUUCCAUAACAAAAUAAACAAGCCUUUUAAAACAAAUUAAGCUGGCACUAUGUUGCAGGCCAUGUAUUUACUUUAUUUACAAUUGUGCUGUAGGCAAGCACUUUCCUCUUCACUUGUUCCAGUCGUGGGCUCUGGGUUAUGGGCUGGAAUGUUACAGCUACUUUCAGAGCAUUUGCUGAGCUGAUUAAUUUUUUCCAUUCAUCUGUUUGCAAAUAGAGGCAAGUUUAAAAGCCUUGGAAAACCUUUUGAAAUUAGUCAGGGAGUUUGGGUGAUGCAAAAAUCUGCGCGAGAUAAGGGGGAACGAUGAUAGAUUAUGCAAACUUUGCGUUAGAGCUGUCAAAAGGUGGGACCAAGACAUGUUGUUGCUCGGUGUCUGGUGUCUCCAGAUAACCACAUGUUACUGUGGGCUGCCAGAAUACUGGCCUUGUCUUCUGACUCCAUUUUGCUGGCAAGCUCUUUUUUCAGAGGCUGUACAUAAACUGGAAGUAAGCUUAAAAUGUGUUAAUUUGCAUGCGUACUCGUAUCUAGUGAGAAGAAAAUGUUCUUUUGAAAUAACAAAAUGUUGGCACAAAUUCUAAGACAACUCAGGAGUAACAUAGUACCUACCAGCUAAUGAUCUUCAGUUGAUAUGUUCUUAAACUUUCAGAAAAAUUAUUUAUAUUUUCUCUGGGUAAUUGGGAGUUUGCUUUUAUCUAUAAUAUUGAUUUCUAGAAGGAAAAACCAUUGUCUGAAGAGUAAGAAAAUGUAUAGAGAAUAUUUAGAAAACAUCUAGCUAUUACCCAGGUUGAUAAGGGUGUUGCAUCUAGAAGUAGCACAGUAAGGUUUAUAGGCAUUUUAAAGAAUGUGAAAUGCUGGCGUUCAGUGUGCUUCAAAGCAGAUUUAAACAGCAGAAGUAGUAUUAGCACCAUGUCGGCCUUUGUAAAUUUUCUGUCUUAUUCUACAUUUAGGGCCUGUUUUACAUGGUCUAAUUUGUGCUUAUUUCAAGCUUAUUUGUGCUUUCAAGCCUACACUGUAUUUAUGAUUGCCAAGAUAGAUAAGCCACCAGAAGUUUAAAGCUCAGUCCAAAUUGGGAAACUGAAGAAGCACUGUGAAAGACAGGCUGUAUUAAUGACCAUGUCUUGGGUAAGUAGAUAGUGGUGGAAGGAAAAAAAGUGGGAAAAAAGUCUUUGUGUAGAAAAUGAGAAAGUGCAAAUGUAUGUUUCCAGGUGGCAUCAAAGAUCAUUAAUGUCUAGCAUUUGACAGCUAGCUCUGGUUGUGGCAGAUUCCUUGUGGGGAAUUAAUGUGUAUUUCUGUGAAAAACAUCUGAUACAGCCAUAAUGAGAGAUGGUAGACCACACGGACUCAUUGUUUGGUACACUAAACUUAUGUUCGAAGAAGCAUUUCAAAAUAGCUACUAUGCUUGGGCUGGCUUAAUCAUUUCUGUUCCGACAGUUAUAACCUUGACUCUCUAGGUGGCAAUACACAUACGCAGUAAACUACAACAAAUCUGGAAAAUGUUUCGAGUGUGCUUUUAUUCUGAACUGCUACUGAAAAUUCAAGCAGUGACAUCAUGAAUGUUAAUCAUUUCCUUACUGUGAUACAUAAAUAAAUGCAGAUCAAGUCACAAGUUCCUGAUUAUAAGGUGACAUGAGGUCUUCAGCAUAAUUGGAGUAGAAACAUUUUGUCAAGAAUUUUUGGUUCAUCUCUUGUUUCUCUCUCCAUCUUCCCCCCGACCCAAAAAGCUAUCAGUUUUAACACAUGAGAAUUUGUUGUCACUAAUUUUUGCACUGUGUCCAUUAGUUACAACUGCAAAGCAAGCUUUUUAUGGUUGUGUGUUUGAUGGAAACCUCGAUUUCUGAGUGAAGGAUACUUGAAAUGUACUCUUAAACUAUGGGGAAGAAAAAGGACACGAAAAGCAGGAGUUGUGAAACAUUGUUCCUAAUGGUCAUCCAAGAACUGAGCCAGCCACACUGCUGUUGAAGUAACAGCUUAGAUACUGGAAAUAUAGAAUUUAUAAAAAAAAGAAGCAUAAAGGAUGGACAAACAAGAUAGCACUGAUAUUAAGUGCCCCAAAUCUUGGAUUGAAGAGGUCUUCAGUAAAAGAGAAUGUGCACACGUCAUUCCCAGUUCGAAAGAUCCUCACAGAUGUCCUGCAGGAUGCCAAGUGUGCCAGAAUUUAAUCAGAUGUUGCUGUGGACGGCUCAUUGGAGAUCAUCCAGGAGUAGACUGUAGCUGGCCUGUUUAUCAGGCUGCCCCACAGAGAGAUGAUGGAAAGUGGUCUGUGCAAAAACACACAAAGACGAGUCCAACGGAUGCAUUUGGUACAAUCAAUUUUCAAGAUGGAGAUCACACUUACCAUGCCAAGUAUAUUAGACUCUCUUAUGAUAGUAGUUUGGAUCAGUUGUUGCACCUGAUGGUUAAAGAAUGGCAGAUGGAGUUGCCAAAACUGGUGAUCUCUGUUCAUGGAGGCAUUCAAAACUUCAAGCUUCCCUCAAAGGUCAAGCAGAUUUUCAGCAAAGGAUUGGUGAAAGCUGCUGAGACUACAGGAGCAUGGAUAAUUACAGAAGGCAUCAACAGCGGAGUGUCCAGACAUGUGGGGGAUGCGCUGAAAGGCCGUGCCUCACCACACCUCAGAAAGAUCUGUGCUGUUGGGAUUCCUCCAUGGGGUAUCAUUGAGAACCAGAGGGAUCUAAUUGGAAAAGAUGUAGUUUGCCUGUACCAGACUCUGGGUAAUCCACUCAGCAAGCUAAGUACCCUCAACAGCAUGCAUUCUCAUUUCCUAAUGGCAGAUGAUGGAACUGUUGGCAAGUACGGGAAUGAAAUGAUGCUUAGGAGGAAUUUGGAGAAGUACAUAUCACUUCAAAAGAUACAUACAAGAAUGGGCCAAGGUGUACCUGUAGUUGGGUUGGUGGUGGAAGGAGGCCCCAAUGUGAUCCUAAUGGUGUGGGAGUACGUGAGGGCCAGCCCAGCUAUUCCUGUGGUGGUCUAUGAGGGCACUGGCAGAGCUGCAGAUAUCCUGGCGUUUACCCACAAACACAUGGGUGAUACAGGGGAGCUGCGCCCUCAAGUGAAGGAGGAGGUCUUACUGAUGAUUCAAAAUACAUUUAGCUUGGGACAGAAACAAUCCAGUCACCUAUUUCACAUUUUAAUGGAAUGCAUGGAGCAUAGAGAGUCUAUAACCAUAUUUGAUGUGGAGUCAGAAGAUCAGCAAGACAUUGAUUUGGCAAUUCUGACUGCACUGUUGAAAGGUACAAAAAUGUCUGCUUCAGAUCAGCUAGAUUUGGCAUUGGCCUGGAAUCGGCUUGAUAUUGCCAAGAAACACAUAUUGGCUUAUGGACAACACUGGAAGGUUGGUGCCUUGGAACAGGCAAUGCUGAAUGCUUUAGUGAUGGACCGUGUGGAUUUUGUGAAGCUGUUAAUAGAGCAUGGUGUGAAUGUGCACCGUUUUCUUACCAUAUCUCGUUUGGAAGAACUCUACAAUACAAAACAAGGGCCAUCAAAUCUACUUUUGCAUCACCUAGUUCGCGAUGUGAAACAGAGUACCCUUUCCUUGGAUUACAAGAUAUCACUGCUUGAUAUUGGGCUGGUGAUAGAGUACCUCCUUGGUGGUGCUUAUCGGAGCAGCUACACAAGGAAGCAUUUCCGAAUUCUCUACAAUGAUCUCUACAGAAAACACAAGAGAGUGCUCUCCAGCUUUUCUCAGAGCCUGUCUCAUUCCCUUCAUCAGAGUAAUCAAACAAAUAGCAGAAUGGGAUCUGCUGAAAAUACUUUGCAUUCUCAGUUCUUCAGAACAGCACAGCCUUACAAAUACAAGGAAAGAUCCACUGCUUUCCAUAAGUAUAAGAAGAAAACAAAAGAGGAUUUAAACUUUGCUGAGAACUAUGAGUCAUCUGGCUUUAUCUACCCCUAUAAUGACCUCCUGGUUUGGGCAGUAUUAAUGAAAAGGCAGAAGAUGGCAAUGUUCUUCUGGCAGCAUGGAGAAGAAGCCAUGGUCAAAGCGGUUGUGGCUUGUAAACUCUACAGGGCAAUGGCACAUGAAGCUAAACAGAGUAACAUGGUGGAUGACACUUCAGAAGAACUCAAGAAGUACUCAAAGGAAUUUGGGCAGCUUGCGUUAGAUGUGCUGGAGAAAGCAUUCAAACAAAAUGAGCAGAUGGCCAUGAAGUUGCUGACCUAUGAGCUGAAAAACUGGAGCAACUCCACUUGCUUAAAACUGGCAGUGUCUGUGGGGCUGCGACCUUUUGUAUCCCAUACUUGCACACAGAUGCUGCUGACUGACAUGUGGAUGGGACGUUUGAAGAUGCGGAAGAACUCUUGGUUUAAGGUCAUUAUGAGUAUUCUCCUGCCUCCCACUAUCUUGAUGCUGGAGUUUAAAAGCAAGGCAGAAAUGUCUCAUGUGCCUCAGUCUCAAGACUUCCACCAAUUCACAUGGUAUCAUGGAGAUCAGAGCCCAAACAGCUCCAAAGAUGCCCUGUCUCUGGAGGAUUAUGAUGUGGAGAAGGUUGCUCAGAAGUCUGAUGAAAUCCAGGUAGACGGUGGACAAGGAAAUCUGCCUGGCACUAGGAAAAUCUAUGAGUUCUACAAUGCACCGAUUGUCAAGUUCUGGUUUCACACGAUGGCUUACAUGGCAUUUCUCAUGCUCUUCACUUACACUGUGUUAGUGAAGAUGGAACCAAGACCAACCGUGCAAGAGUGGCUUGUUAUCAUUUAUAUUUUCAGCACUGCAAUUGAAAAAGUCAGGGAGGUAUUUAUCUCAGAACCUGGAAAAUUCUGCCAAAAAGUGAAAGUGUGGAUUUAUGAAUACUGGAAUUUUACUGAUUCUAUAGCUAUCAUCCUGUUUAUGAUUGGGUUUGGCUUGCGCUGGUCCGACCCCCCUGUUCAAACUGCAGGGAGGCUACUUUACUGCUUGGAUAUAGUGUUCUGGUAUGCUCGGCUCCUUGAUCUUUUUGCUGUGAACCAGCAUGCUGGCCCAUACCUGACGAUGAUUGGGAAAAUGACAGCAAACAUGUUCUACAUUGUGGUCAUGAUGGCCAUAGUCCUUUUGAGUUUUGGAGUGUCACGAAAAGCAAUCCUUUCGCCAGAAGAACCUCCUUCAUGGGCUCUGGCACGAGAUAUCGUUUUUCAGCCCUACUGGAUGAUGUUUGGUGAGGUCUAUGCUGGAGAAAUAGAUGUCUGUGAAACCCAGAAAGACUGUCCUCCUGGCUCCUUCCUCACACCAUUCCUCCAAGCUGUCUACCUCUUUGUGCAGUACAUCAUCAUGGUCAACUUGCUUAUUGCUUUUUUUAAUAAUGUUUAUUAUGAUUUGAAAUCCAUAUCAAACACCCUCUGGAAGUACAACCGGUACCGCUACAUUAUGACCUACCAUGAGAAGCCAUGGCUGCCUCCACCUUUCAUUCUCCUGAGCCACAUUGGACUUCUGAUAAACUGCAUCUUCCACCGCCGGCCCUCGAAUGAUCUGGAUCAAGAAGAAGGCGAUGUUGGACUAAAGCUGUACCUGAAUGAUGAGGAGUUAAAGAAACUCCAUGACUUUGAGGAACAGUGUGUAGAAAAAUAUUUUCAUGAGAAGAAUGAAAGCCUGAGUUCCAGUGACAGUGAAAGGAUCCGUCUCACAACUGAAAGAGUAGAGGAGAUGUUUCUGCAGCUUAAAGAAGUUAAUGAGAAAGUAUUUUAUAUCAAGGAGUCUUUACUCUCCCUGGACAGCCAGCUAGGACAUUUGCAAGACCUGUCUGCAUUGACAGUAGAUAUCCUGAAAGUGCUUUCAGCUGUAGACACCUUGCAGGUGGAAGAAGCCUUAUUGGCUGACACAAAACAUCGAACAUGUAGGAAACUGCCCCAUAGCUGGAGCAAUGCACUCUAUUCCAAGACCUUGAGCAGCUUGGAGUGUUUGUAUGACAAGAAGUACCACUACUAUAGCAUGCCACCCUCCCUCUUACGGAGCUUGGUAAGGAGUCAGUGGCCAUCAGAUUGCAAACACCAUAUAUUGAGGACCGAGAGCAACAAAGCGGUAGAAGACAACUCUCAAAAGGUAGAUAUAGAAAGUGACACACUCACUUCAGGAGUAUCCUCUGAGAGUAAGUCAACACCUAGGUAUGGGCAGUUUUUGCUGGUGCCCCCGGAUCACCAAGGAGGGUCUUUCUCUGAGGAUGUCACCUUAAAUUUGUCCUUUUUGAGUACUCCUGCCAAGUACAGGGAUGAUGCAUUCAGAGAUGAACUGCAAAGUAACAUUGUGGUGCAGCAAAACUUGCGGAGUGUCACUGUCAUUGGAAAAGAGACAGAAGAUUAUCAAUGGAGCCAGAGAGACUUUGUUAUUAGUUUGCCAUCAGAAAAGACUAAUGACAUAAAGGCUGAUCAUUCUCUUGAUCUCCAGCCAUCAUUGGAUAUUGAAGAGGGUGCAACACUCUCCUGCAAUGACAGGGAAGAAGCUGAGUGUGGUUAUGUGAACUGGGGAUUCUCUGAAGGUGAUGAAAAGGGAGUUUUCAACUCAAGAAAGAAACAGAAGAAGGUCCUGUGCCUACAUUCCUCCUAUGACGGUGACUGCAAUUGCAUGGGUAGUUCUCCCAGGCGUGUCCAGAUAAGAGAAUCAAAGUCCUUCUCGUACAACUCAGACAGAUCACGUCACAGCUGCAUCAUCUCUCAGAACAAGCUAAACCGCAGCACUUCCUUCUGGAUAAGACCACUCUGGAGGCACUGGAGUUUCUGCAGGAGGAACAGCUUACAGUCAUCUAAGAAAGAGAAAAGAGGGAAAACCUGCAAGGCCCUAGGUGAGUCCUUACAAUCCAAUGGGCAACACUACAGUGAGGCAAGAAAAGCAAACCAACAAAACAAAGACAGAAAGACUGAGAGAGGAAAGAAGAGUUCAAAACCCCUUCAGGUGCCGGUGAUUACAGUGGAUGGUUGUCCCCAGAACACCCAAGUGAGCUCCGAGCCUGCAGAGAUCAAUGUCUGGGAUGAGCAAGAGAAACACAGCAAAAACUGGCUCACUGUAUCUAAUUUCAGUCAGCUAAGUUUAGAACGUCUUGGUUAUAUGCACCAGAAAAUGAAAAAUCAAGACAUCAGUAGGCAUACCAUACCAUUCUGUGAUUACCUGAGGCAUUCUCAAGAGGAUUUGAGUAAUAACUUAUUUGGAACCAUGAAGAAAAAUAAUCUGAGCAGGAACUCCUCGUUCAGAGCUUCAGAGGAAACCGACAGUACCUUUGCCUGCUUAAAAACAUCCCAAGACCUGCAUCAUCACUACUCAGCUGUUGAAAGAAACAACUUAAUGAGACUUGCUCAGACCAUACCAUUUACACCAGUCCAGCUCUUUGCUGGCGAGGAAGUGACGGUUUAUCGUCUAGAAGAAAGUUCACCUAUGAACCUUGAUAAAAGCAUGUCUUCUUGGUCCCAGCGUGGUAUGGCUGCAAUGAUCCAAGUCUUGUCACGGGAGGAGAUGGAUGGGGGUCUGCGGAGGGCCAUGAAGGUCAUUUGUACUUGGUCUGAGAAUGAUGUAUUAAAGUUGGGACAAGUAUUUAUUGUGAAGUCUUUUCUGCCAGAGGUGGUUCAGACUUGGCAAAAGGUCUUUCAUGGUGGCACAGUGUUACAUCUCUGCCUGAGGGAGAUCCAACAGCAAAGGGCUGCCCAGAAGUUAAUCUAUACCUUCAAUCAAGUGAAGCCUCAUACUAUUCCCUAUACUCCAAGGUUCCUGGAAGUUUUCCUCAUCUACUGCCAUUCAGCGAACCAGUGGCUGACCAUUGAGAAGUACAUGACUGGCGAGUUUCGGAAAUACAACAACAACAACGGAGACGAGAUUACUCCCAGCAGCUUGUUGGAAGAGCUGAUGCUGGCCUUCUCUCACUGGACCUAUGUGUACACGCGUGGGGAGCUCCUUGUCCUGGAUUUGCAAGGUGUUGGAGAAAACCUUACAGAUCCAUCUGUGAUUAAACCUGAAGACAAAAAAUCUGGAAAGAUGGUAUUUGGACCAGCAAAUCUAGGAGAAGGAGCAAUAAGAAACUUCAUCACAAAGCAUCAUUGUAACUCUUGCUGCAAGAGGCUGAAACUUCCUGGUAUGCAAAAUCUGAGAAGAAGUGACUACACAUUGGAAAGGGUCAUUCCAGCCUUGGAAGUAGAAAUAGAGGCAAGCACCAGAGGAGAUGAAGAUGCAGAUGAGCCUUUGGAGUAUGACACGCGGCUGUGAAGUGGUGGUUGUGAGCAGAGCCCAUAUAUUUGCAUGGUUGAAAACAUGAUACUCAUCACAGCCACGAGUCAGUCCAAAAGAACAAAAUGCAGGUGUGUGAGUGCAGCAUCUGUCUGUCUUUGACUGAUGCCUAUAGGCAGAAAACAGAAAACCCUCUAUCUUUAUUUACUCCCCUUUGGUGCUCUUCUGCUGAUCUAUCUCACGUAGUUCAGUGAAUUGCCAGGAGCAGGUCACCCCUUAGCUGGAUGAACUCUCUCAUCAGUGCCUUUUAUUUUUUUUUUUUAAAAAAUGGGGAUUAUGGUUCCAACCUGUGCUCUCUUAGGAAAAAGACUGUGAGAAGCGUAUUUUCAAGAGAGAGUGAUUUGAUGUUUCUCUCUCUGCUAUUUAGUAAAUAACUGUAUGUAUAUACGUGCACAAAUCAUUCAUUUUCAGUGGCAAAGCCCACUUAGCCCCAUGCUCACUUUUCCCUGGGUGUAAGAGGCUCUCCAGAAAAUUGCAGAAAUGCUACUUUCUCUUUAGUGUUGAUUUUGAUGCAGAGACAAACUGGGAAUGUAUGAGUAAUGAAUUAGUUGUUUAAACAGUAGUCACUGAUACAGCAGGUAGACUGAAAAAUUUCAUGGAAGCUUUGCCGUGAAUUCCUUUCACACAUCAAGAACAAAUUGAACAAUGAAGGAUUAGAUUAUUGGACCCACAUUAUGAAUUGAUGAAAUUGAUAAGUCUAUGGUGUUUAAUACAAAUAUAAAAAAUAACCUGGAACUUGAUUCCACUUUUAACCACCGUUCUUUAUAAUAUUUUAUCUUCAGAAUGUUUUAAAGUUGUAAUUGGCAAACAAGCUUUUAGAAGUCACAGAGAAUGUGUUCCACUUGAUAUUUAGCAUCUUGUUGUCAAUGUCAAACUUUACAUAGAACUUUUAUCUAACAAUGAUGCAGUUAUAUGUAUGCUUUUGCAGCAUCUGCAUCUGUUACCAUUGAUGUCACCUGAUUUCAGCAGUUCACAAACACAAAAAUCAAUUAUCUGCAAUAUGAUUUUUUCAGAAAUAUUCAUAUGGAAUAUCUCUAAUGCAAAUAAUUUUGUAUUAAGAUCACAUCUAUGAUUAAAGCAACUUUGUACUUUUUUAUUGAGUAGAAAUACCUAAUGUUGAAAUGUAAGUGAGCAGAAAACUUCAUACUUGAACAAGAAACAAAAUCAUACUUUCCACCACAGCUGAUAGUAAAUUUUAAUGUGUAAGAGGGCUAUUUGUUAUUCAUUCAUUUGGUAUAUUUACAAAAUGUCUGUGUGCGCAUAGGAAUUGGAAGUUUUAUGUUCCUGGUUUUUAAAUUGCUUUUAAUAUUGAUGAUAGCAUUGAAAUAAUCGCUAACACUAUGUUCAACUAAGAUGCUUUCAGUUCUUGAGAGAACCUGAAGACAUCCUUUUCGCUUCUUAUCUUUUUAGAAGUAGUUUUAUAAGAGUAUUUCUGUGGAAACUCCCCACCUUCCUCCUUAUGAGAUUAUACUAUUCGUUUUGCAAAAAAUGUACUUCCCUUUGACUUUUUCUUUGGAAGAAAUUCAAUGUAUGAGAAAGGAUAACUUGUCUAUGAAAGAGAUGUUUAAUUGCACUUCUACAGAAUGAUGGUGCAUUUUGGUCCCUUUGCUGGUAAGGUAAUAGUUCUGCUUCCAGCAGUCUUAAAAUUUGGCUUUGCUUACAUGCGUGCACAUUAAAGAUAGAACCUUCUCUAAAGAAUCACUAAGUGUUAGUGUGCCUUUAAAUUCAGUUAAAUUAAAUGACAUACAUUUGUCUGUAAAGCCAAGGACAAUUCAAGUCCUGCUCUAAUUGUGUUGUUUUCCUCAGUUGUUGCCACAAAUUAAACACAGGCUGGGCCACACCAGGCUGGGCUCAAGUGCCUUUUGUUUCUUUUUAAUUUUUGAAGAAAUGUACAAGUCAUACUUCAGAAGAUCUUUUCUUGAAUAUCCACCUUUGCCUCAAGAAUGAGUGGUUUCUGCAUUCAUAGCAAUACUUGUGAGAAUUCUUUCAAUUCUUCUUGUAUAGUUCUGUGUAGAUUAAUCUCACUCCUUCUUGUUAUGUACCCAUCAAGGUACAUACUACCUUCCCCUCAAUUGGAGAUCCUUGCAAGAUACUAAUCUGUGCUAAAAUAUAGUUGAUAGAAAUGUGUUUGAUAUUUAUUUUUUUCCAGUGUGAAGUAUUAAUGUGAUGAAACAAGAAAAAGAGGCAUCUGAAGUUAUUCCAUUAUGUACUUCUGUCCUAGCACUAAUUUUUUCUUGCACGGAGACACUAAGUUGAAAAAUUCCAGUGAUUCUGCUGGUUAGUUAAUAUAGCCUCACCUUUCUUUUUGCACUGUUUUGGGAUGGCUGAUUCACAUUUCACUAAACUGUAAGUUUGGAUAUUUGAGUAAAGAUGUACCCCCACAAAGUCUGCCAUAGUUCUGUAAUAAAUUAUAAUGAAAAUAAUUUGAAAAAGUUUUUCUUAAUUUCUUUUGAGUCCUGAGUGUCUUUCUUACUACAGAUUCUGUACAUUCUGUGCAUUCAUUCUCUUUUGAUGUUUAAAUACCUCAGAUUGAACCCCAUGUCCACUGAAUAUAUAAAAAAUACCCAGCAGACUUUAACAGGAGCAGCAAUAAACCCCAUAUUAAAACUGUGGUACAUAUGGAAUGAAAGGUAUGCAGGACAAGGUUCUUUCUCUAGCUGCUUGACAGCUAUUGUGGAAGAAGAAAUCUUGCAUGUCAUAGCAUAGGGUUUCCUGAUUAUUAUUUUUAAUGUUUGGUUUUGCCUAAAAAUGCACUCUGGAAUUUAUUUUGUAUUUCUAGUGGGUUCAGAAAUAAAAGUCCUGCUUUCUUUACUUAAAUAAGUCAGGUAGUAAAGUUUUGGAAAAUAAAAUGUUGAAACCAAAGUAUUUAUAAACUCACAUUUUACUAUGAGCUUAGAAGAACCUUCCAUAGGAAUUUAGUUGAGAUUACUUGAAACAAAAUGUGUUUCUGACAGCUACUGUGUUGGAGAUGUAGUUUAAACAUAUGAAAAAUAUUCAGAAAUUUCAAACCUUGUUGUCAGUAAGGCUUUUUUUCCCCAUUUAUUUUAUUCAUAGUUGUGGUGUAUUUGGGGUUAAUCA